UCCACUGCGAAAUACUGCUGAUCAGGCAAACCAAAGAGAACCCAAGGACAGUAUGCCACAACCAGCACCACACGUCGCAGCGCCAGUUGACCACAAAUCUGCAGGGUAUCCAACACAACAUGGACCACCAUACGGUGGAGCACCAACUGCGAACGUCCCUGGAGUAUAUACUACACAACCAGGCGGUAUGAUGGCGCUACCACUGACUCUCGGCCCUCAGCCGUGCAACGUCGUGUGCCCAGCGUGUCACCAAACCAUACAGACGGCUGUGCAGACCAAGGCGACCACCAAGACGCACUUAAUGGCCCUCCUAUUGGCCGUCCUUGGGUGCUGCUUGUGCUGCUGCAUCCCGUACUGUGUAGACAGCUGCCAGGCGAAACACCACUAUUGCCCCAACUGUAAAGCUUUCAUUGGAGCUUACGAUCGAUAGUUGUCUCGUGACUCUCCGUGUUCAGCACUUUGCUCUGCAAGCCGAGGUGAUAAUCACCAGUUCCAGUACAGACUCCAUACAUGUCACCUGUAAGAAAAUACACUUCGCCUGAGUGAUGUUGUGAACUGAUAUCAAAUCACAGCUGCUAUUUGAAACUACCGAUGGUGCGAAGUGCUGAAAACAUAACGUGAGUGCAGUUACAGACGUUCUUUUUCCAUCCAUACCAACACAUGUUCUUCGACGUAACGCAAAUUAUCGGUAAAUUUAAGAAAAAUCUCAUCGGUAUUGUGAAAUCUACGGAUAUUUACGUGAUUUUCUACUGUUUAGUGAGAGAUAGUAUCGGUAUAUCAGCCACUGCACUGGUUUCACUGUGUGAAAUGUGACAGUGAGCACUUCUACCAAACUUCAUAAGUGCCAAGAUCACCAUUUUUCAUAAACUUAUCGGCCACUUCAUUGAUUUCAUUAUAUGAAAUGUGAAAGUGACCAGUUCCUCCAGGCUUCAUUAGCGGAGAGAUUUUUCAGUGAUUUCUUGCAAUAUUCAUCAACUGUACUGUUUUAACGAUUCUGGCAGAAAAUAAAGAGUCAUGUGACUGAAAAACAUCAGCUUGUUUUUAAAACUGUGAUAUGUUUCAUAACUUUUGUAAACAAAUGUUCAGGUAUUACAGAGAAAUGAUAAACUUCAGAUACAUUUAUUGCUGCUGUUAAAGGCCUUGCCAUACAAUACCGUUGGAUAUUGGUGACUGUCGUUAAUGAAAAAAGUAUAUUUCCGUCGGAGAUGUCCUUUCACAACAAUUUUUCAGUGCUCCACACUAAAAACUAAGUAUAACCCGUAGGUACUUAAAACUGCCUAUGAAACUCUAUGCUAUUUUCAUAAAUGUUACACAGUUUUCAGUUCUACACAAAGAUGUAUAUAAGUUAGUUGGAUGCUCUCACCCAACAGCCUCAUUGCCAGCAGACAGCCAGCGAGUCAUUGUCAAAUGUCAUUCAGCAGCUCUUUGAUAAUGAGUUAUGAAUCAAAGCAGGCUGCAGUAUCUCAACAAUCUUUGUAUGUAAUUAACAAUACCAAGCAAUGCACAUGUAUUAUCUAUACUAAGUUUCAAUUUAUAGAUCGCAUUUUACAAUAAAAUAUUUGAACAUU